AUGACAACGUGACAGCCCACACUGUUGUGCAAUUUCAUCCCAUCUAAAGUUCAAGGCACCGUAGACAGGUCUGACUCGGUUCACUGGGCUCUCUAUCACUCAAGCUCUACAGCUGCGUGGCUGCUCUGUUUGUCUGCACAGAGGACUUGUACGCUCAAAGAUCAGAGAAAUGGGAGAGUGGGGGUUUCUAUCCUCUCUGCUGGACAAGGUCCAGUCUCACUCCACCGUCGUGGGGAAAGUCUGGCUCAGUGUGCUUUUCAUCUUCAGGAUCAUGAUCCUCGGAGCUGGAGCAGAAAAGGUCUGGGGUGAUGAACAGUCGAGUAUGGUCUGUAACACCAAACAGCCCGGUUGCAAGAACGUCUGCUAUGACCACGCCUUCCCCAUCUCACACAUCCGAUUCUGGGUCCUCCAGAUUAUCUUCGUCUCAGCGCCGACGCUGAUCUACCUCGGUCACGUCCUCCACGUCAUCCACAAAGAAAACAAGAUGAGAGAAAUCAUGAAGAACCAGUCCACUGAAAUCGUCAAAUCGCCCAAGUACUCGGAUGAAAAGGGCCACGUCAAGAUUAAAGGUAACCUGCUGGGGAACUACAUGACCUCCAUUUUCUUCAGAAUCGUUCUGGAGGUGGCGUUCAUCGUGGGGCAGUAUUAUCUGUAUGGGUUUGUCAUGGACCCAAGAAUCGUCUGCUCCCGAGCCCCGUGUCCCUUCACCGUGGAGUGCUUCAUGUCUCGGCCCACGGAGAAGACCAUCUUCAUCAUCUUCAUGCUGGCGGUGUCCUGCGUCUCUAUCGCACUCAAUCUAGCAGAGAUCUUCUACUUGGUGUGUUCUCGAGCAUGCAGGCGAAAGACUAAAACAGUGUCGGCUACUGCCAUUGCCAUGCACCCGCGCUUAAACGGUGACUGUCUGAUGAGAAACGAGAAGCUCAGCCUUCACGAUGGCAGUCACAGCACAGCCUAGAGAAAGGCCGUUAAUAUCCACAGCCUCAGGGUUACAGAGAAAACAGGAGGUCGAAUGAAGAUGUGAAUAAUGGCUCUCAAUCUGCAAGAGGCCAUGGCUCACUCAGAGUUAUUUAUUUGUAUGAUGCUUAAAGAUUCAUGAAAAAAAUUAUAAAAAUAUAAAAUUAUUAAAAGACUAUUUUUAAAUAGUAAUGCACAAAAAAAUGCUAAAUGCACAGGAACACAGUACAUUACUGUGCCACUUUAAAAUGUAUUGAAGGAAAAAAAGUGAGUAUUCAUGGCGUUAUUUUUAUUCUUGAUCUGACUUUUGUUUCUAUUGUAAAUAUAACUUAUGGCGCCACCAAGUGGUAACUUUAUUACUGGGAUGAUUAACAUAAGCAGGACGUUUUCUGCUCUGUCUCUGACCACAGAGGCUAAUAGUCAGAGUGA